GCUCGACUGAACCUCAAGCGAUCGCUGGGUGCAGCUGUCUGUGGAACGAGCGCCAUGCUCGCCGGCAGGAAAGUGGUUGACAAGCUGCUGUCAAACCAGGCGGGAGGGCCGACGUGGCUCAACAGCAUCACGUGGGUGUCGGAGGAAGUCUAA